UUCUUUUAUUUAUAUCCCUACAAAUAGGAGAGAAGGGAAAGUAAUACUCAAAAUAGUCUUUUUAAAAUCAUAGAUCUCCUUAAUUAAUUUUCAAGUGUUUGGAUGCUUAAAGAAGAUUAUUUGAAGACUUCUUUUGGAAUCAAAGAGCAUGGAUCCCAGCAGUGACUACCAUUUCCUCAAUCAGAUUUUGUGGAGAAGAGUGAAACUCACAUUGGUUUGUGGCAUCUUCGAGGGCGUGCUCCAGCAUGUGGACCCUAACAAGAUUGUUGUCCUGAAGAAAGUGAAGAAUGUGGAGACAGGCCGGAGUGUUCCAGGAGUGAAGAUGUUUUUUGGGCAUGAGAUUGUGAAUGUGGAACUGCUGGAUGAAGUGGAGCAAGGUGCAGUGAGAGAAAAGGCAUCUUCUGUUAGUCUAAAUACAGAAAGAGCCAGGAUAGAUAAAAUGAAGGAUGAAGACCUAAAUGUGUGCGAGCCUGCUUCACCUGCCUCUGAGGCGCCAACUACCUCUUUGCUAAAUGACCUGAAGUAUAGUCCAUCAGAGGAAGAAGAGGUGACAUACAUAGUCAUUGAUCAGUUCCAGCAGAAGUUUGGUGCUGCAAUGCUCCAUAUCAAGAAGCAGAGUGUCCUGAGUGUGGCUGCAGAAGGAGCUAACGUGUGCCGCCAUGGGAAACUGUGUUGGCUUCAGGUGGCCACAAAUAGCCGAGUUUACUUAUUUGACAUUUUCCUUCUGGGAAGUCGAGCUUUCAACAAUGGACUUCAGAUGAUAUUAGAAGACAAGAGAAUUCUAAAGGUCAUCCAUGAUUGUCGCUGGCUUUCCGAUUGCCUCUCUCAUCAGUAUGGAAUUAUGCUAAAUAAUGUCUUUGACACACAGGUAGCAGAUGUCCUUCAGUUUUCCAUGGAAACAGGUGGCUUUCUUCCAAAUUGCAUCAGUACUCUGCAGGAAAAUUUAACUAGACACCUUAAAGUAGCCCCUAAAUAUCUCUUCUUUCUAGAAGAAAGACAAAAACUGAUUCGGGAGAAUCCAGAAGUGUGGUUCACAAGACCUCUUCCACCCUCUUUGCUGAAAAUUUUGGCCCUGGAGGCAACCUACCUGCUACCCCUUCGCUUGGUACUUAUGGAUGAGAUGAUGUCUGACCUAACUACCCUGGUGGAUGGGUACCUAAACACCUAUAGAGAAGGGUCUGCAGACCGGCUUGCAGGCAUGGAGCCUACAUGUAUGGAGCUUCCAGAGGAGCUACUUCAACUCAAGGACUUCCAGAAGGAGCGCAGAGAGAGAGCUGCAAAAGAAUAUAAGGUGAAUGCAAAGGGACUCCUAAUAAGGACUGAGCUACGCCCAAAGAAAUCAGUGGCAGAGACAACAGGAAAAGAGGAAAAAGUCAGAGGCUUCUUAUUUUGUAAAAAUUCUAGAAUAGAUAAAGCUCCAAGUUUUACAUCUCCGGAAUUUCAUGAGGAUGUGAAUUUUUUGAAAGAAGGAGCUAAACAAACAACAGUGAAGUCUCAUCUACCUCCCAUAAAGGAAGGAGAAGCCAGUGACAAUUCCAGUAACAAACUCAUUUGUCCUGAGUUAAAAGGGUUAAAGGAGCAAAGAAUAACUCAGAAAGAACACUUUAUAAUACCCAAGGAUGAGUUCCAGGCAAGUUUUUCUUUGAAAGAAGAGAUAGAACAGUUAUUGAUGGUGGAAAAUAAGGAAGAUUUCACAUGCACAAAGCAAGAAGUUUCAGUGUCUUCUUCUCUUCCUCAGGAAACCAGAGUGUCACCAGCUGAUACCUUUCAUCCUUUCAAAAAAGCUGUGAUUUCCACACUCCCUCCCUGUCCAGCUUUGGAGAAAACAGAUUCAUGGAUAAAUCCUUCUUUAAAUCUGCCUUAGGAUUUAUAGUUUGUCCCUGAGGCCAUAAAGAUGGCUCAUUUCUCUGCCAUACAGGGCCUUUCGAAAUGUUUAAGUUUCUCAUGUUGUAUGUUUUGUAUGCCUCCAUUAUAGGCUUCAGGGAAAAUUAUAUCCUCUUGCUUACUGCUGAGUUCCUGGUAUUUGGGUUAGAAUGAGAAUGAAUAACUAAUGAAAGAAAUACAAUUUCUGAUUAUGUCACUAUGCAGAAAUGUUGCCAGUGGACAGAGUAAAUUAUUUCUCAUAAUUUGGAUUAAGAGGAUUUGAAGAAGGGAAAAAUCUUGGCCUUAGUAUCAGGAAGGAUCUUUCAUUUAAAAUUUUUGCUUUGUGUUUUGGCUUUCAGAUUUGUUUGAAGGGGGAUCUGCAAAAUUCAUAUUCAUAGCUGAAAAAUAUUGGUAGUACUUUUUUUAGUAAAAACAAAUGAACAAAAAACUAGAGGGUGAUAUAUGAACACAUUUGAAUAGACUCUAGAGUACCUAUUCUUGUCAGGUAUAAUAGAAGUGAUUUUUAAGUACCAUAUUCAAAGGUUUAGCUAUCAUAAACCUAUGCUCAUUUUCUUUUCUUAGCCUACAUGUAUGGAGCUGCCAGAGGAGCUACAAAAAAAUUGCCAGUACUUUUCUCCUCUUAAAAUAUAACUUUAAGCCUAAAUUCUGAAUGUUUUAUUGGCCUUAUGUUUUAGACAAACAAUAAUUGAUGUUAUUAUAGGAAUCAGUAUCUCAAUUUUAAUUUUUUCUUAUUUCAUUUACUUUCAGCAGUUUUUAUUUAUUUCCUAACAAAGCAGGAGCUUUACAUUUGUUUUUAGUAUGUCUAUUAUGUGAACUUAAAGUUUGACUGAACUCUAUUUGCCUGGAGUUGGUACACUUUCUUAGGGUAAAAGGGAGGCAGCUUGUAUCGAGCCUUUUUUAUUUUGAGUACUUGCAAAUUACUCACAUUCUUUGGCAUAAAAUAACCAAUAAACCUGUUUUGGCAUUA